AUCAUGUGCGAAGCUAGCUGUCUGUGAUUAGCCACGUCAUGUAAACUUAGCACUAGGGCAGUUGUCAUAUUAAGGUAUCCAGGGGUCGCAAUUUUGUGGGGGGGACCGGCCCAUCUUCAGAGAAGGGCUAUUGUUUGUGGAUUAUUCGUGGACAGAAACCCUAUGGAAAGAUGUCAGAUAUUGGGGACUGGUUCAGAAGCAUCCCUUUAAUCACCCGGUCAUGGUUUGCAGCCUCGAUUGUUGUUCCCUUAAUUGGGAAACUAGGUUUGAUUGACUUAUGGCACCUCAUUCUUAUCCCGGAGUUGGUCUUUACCAGAUUCCAUCUUUGGAGACCAGUGACAGCCACCUUGUUUUUCCCAAUAUCCCCGAAUACAGGGUUCCUGUACAUGGUUAACCUGUAUUUCCUCUACCACUACUCCACUCGGCUAGAAACAGGGGCGUUUGAUGGCAGACCUGCAGACUAUGUCUUCAUGCUUCUCUUCAACUGGAUCUGUAUUGUUAUAACGGGGAUGCUGAUGGACAUGCGGCUACUCAUGAUCCCGCUGAUCAUGUCGGUGUUGUACGUCUGGGCGCAGUUCAAUAAAGACGUGAUCGUGUCCUUCUGGUUCGGAACACGAUUCAAGGCGCAUUAUCUACCCUGGGUCAUCUUGGGCUUCAACUUCAUCAUUGGAGGCUCAUUUGUGAAUGAACUGACGGGGAAUUUAGUGGGUCACCUCUACUUCUUCCUCAUGUUCAAAUACCCAAUGGACCUGGGAGGACGCUCCCUUCUCUCCACACCAGAGUUCUUAUAUCGGUUUUUCCCUAACAGGAGGGGAGGGGUGUCGGGCUUUGGAGUCCCUCCCAGCAGGAGACCAGCUGCCCAGGAGCAGGCAGGAGGAGGAGGAGGAGGAGGAGGAGGAGGUGGAGGAGGGGGAGGGGGUGGUGGUGGUUUCGGAGGACGUCACAACUGGGGCCAAGGCUUCCGCCUGGGUGAUGAAUGAGAGGAGGUGGCUCCAUCCUCCUCCUUAGCUCUGAACAACUAACGGCCGCACAGCUGUUGACUCGGGUUAAAAUGCUCGCUUCUUCACGUUUUUUUUCUUCUUCUCUGAUUUGAGGGAAUUAACAAUAUAUAUAUAUUGAUCUUAAUUCAUUUGCAUUUGUGUUUAUUUUUAGAGGUGACGGGAUGAAAUUUGAAAAAGUGGGCAUUUUAAUCAAGAAAGCAGCAGGACUCGGACUCUGGCUUCAAGUAAAGCCAGGUCUACUUCUCUACUCAACGACUGCUAAUGUGUCCAUGUGAAGCAGAUAGAAGAAAAUGUACUUUCUUUUUUUUUUUGCAAUGUGAUGACUCUUGAUCUCCCCUCCCCUUCAUUUCCUCCCUCUUCUUUUCAUCCCUCCUCCUCAACCAACUGCCAUUGGUCUGUCAAGACUGGAGAUGUUGCAGCUGCACACCAGCAUGCUGUUAAUUCUGAUUCAUGUGUUCCUGUUUUGUCUCUCUCUGUGUUGCCAUAUCAGAUUACAGUGUAUUUACCAAUGCACAGGGAGCGAGCUCUAGGCAUCCCAUCACACAACAUGGACAAAGCUAUAGAGCGAGUGAGUGUUUCCAGGUCUGAACUUAAAGAACACAGGUGUAAAAUACUUUGAAACCCCCUGUUGUAGGACGCGAUCUUAACAAAAUGAGGCGAAAACAGGAUUUUCCUCUUUUUGUAAAUAAAACUGUUUAUUGAAAGGA